AUGAAGCGGGAAUCACAUAAGCAGUACGAAGAAGAAAAAAAUCCGGAAGGACUAAUGGCUGCUGAAGGAGAACAACAUAUCACGUUAUCAUCCGGUACUACAGUGACAGCUGGUGUGGGGGAAGAGAGCGCGAACAGGAGACCAGCAGAGUCAUCACAAAGUUCAAAACCUCUAUCGCUGCGAAUGAAAAUAUUGAAAGAACUUGGGAUUGACGAUAUUCAUGAACUAGAUGCAAGCGAUACCGGUCUAGUGGACCAAUUUUUGAAUGUACGAUUGAUAAAUGUCACAAAAGAACUAGAAAAGAUACGCGAGUCUAAUCUUACCAAACUAAACAAAAUUAUUGAUAAAUGUAUGGAAAGUGAUAAAAUAAGCGAUUCGACAUUGAACAAGAUUCUUGACAUGUGUAUGAAUAGAGAUAGAAGUACUGAUAACCUUAAUCACCAUGCGGUACCGUCUCCCACAAUGUCAAAAAAACGCAAGGUAAGCGCAUCGGAGCUAGCAAGUCCACGAGGUCAUAGAAGAUACAGGUCAGACAUACCUACGGUAUCAGAGAUUGAGACAGGAGUCGGAUACCCUCAGAUACACCAGCAACCUGGCGCUUACACUUUGCCCGUGCCUGCCAACCAGUGGAUGAAUAAUCCAUAUAUGCAGCCCCCGCAGCCACAAAUGCAGCAGUUGAUGCCACAGUAUUUAUACCCGCCAGGAAUGGGACAGCAAUCUCAACUGCCUACAAUGAGCUCGAAUUCCGAGUCCCAGACACCAGUGAUGAGCUCGCAAUUCCUCUCUGUAAACCAGCAUGGCCUUUACCAACCAAACAUGGGUCCUCAACCCGUAAUAAGUAUGGGCCCACAAGCAAACAUAUAUGGGCAGCAGCAACAGCCUCAAAUCAGUCAAGAACGAGAUCAGUCAAGAAAAAGUUUUAGUCAUAGAAGAUCGCAAAGCGCCAAUAUUUCCAUGGCGAACUUCAGGUCGCCCAUGCGGAAUCCGCAACUGGGUUCGUCCCAACGGCCCGUUAAUUUUUUAAUCCAUACCCCAAAACAUCCCCCUCCCACAUGA